GUUGGUACAACGACGAAAAUUCGAAAGGUGGUGUUUUUUGGAAACAUAAAGAUGUAUCGAGUGCUCAGUGUCAGUUUAUUUGUCGUGUUCUUCAUGUCUACAGCUUUUUCUGCUGAUACAAUUGUAAAGAUAGUUAAUGGUGAAAAUGCCAACAUUGAAGAUCAUCCAUGGCAGGUCUCUGUUCAGAUCAAAAGAACUGAAAACGACAAUUUCACCCAUAUAUGCGGUGGAUCAAUUAUUGACAAAAGUUGGGUUCUUACAGCUGCACAUUGUAAUAUUUAUCCUGAAUUACCGGUAAAGAAUAUAAGAGUAGCAGCUGGAAGUUCUCUUUUGAGUCAGAUGAAAACAAUUAUACCUUUGAAAAAUUUCUAUAAGCACAACAACUUCAUAUUUACUGGUAUAGAAUUCAAAAGGGACCUUAUGCUACUACAACUUAGAAGGCCGCUUAAAUUCGGGUCUACCAUUAAUAAAAUCGACCUGGACACUGAUAUAGGGAAAAAUUAUACCGGAGAGUUAUGUACAAUAUCAGGAUGGGGAAAGACAGUUGGAAGAGGGGAGAAUUAUCCUGAUCGUCUGCAAGUAGUGUCAAUGCCAGUUGUCACCCAUGAAUACUGCCGAACUUCUUGGCCUGGUCUUGCUUUGAAGAAUAUGAUAUGUCUUCAAGAUGGAGAAAAGGAUUCUUGCACUAGUGAUAGUGGUGGACCAAUGGUUUGCAGUAAAAAACUAGUAGGAGUACUAUCUGGUGGUGUUCUCUUUUGCGAUGGAAAUAGACCUAGCGUUUAUUCCAGAGUGUCUGCUUACUAA